UCGCCGUUUGUGCACCACGAUGCUGCGUUCGUCAGCUGGAGAUUUGUGACAUGAACAUCUUUUUUUUAUGAGUUGAAGGGCGUAUUAGACAGUGAUUAGAGUGCGUUUGUUUGACUUGUGGAGUGAACGAGUCCGUGUCAUGUGGAGAAUUGAUCUGGAUUCUAGUUUAGAAACUGGUGGGCACGUGAUUAAUUGCUAAGUGAAUUGACUCGUGAUUUAUUGUGUUUACAAAGAUUUAAUGACGUGAGCAUCUGGCCCGAUUUAAAUAAGGACUUUUAUCGACAAGUUGACACUUUUAAUAUCAUAAAUUAAAGUGAGAAAAUUAAACUUUCUUCAGAACGAGUCUUUGUUUAUCGUGUCAUUAGCAAAUCGUGACUGGAUUCCGACGCCGUUUCGAAAUGUCAGCUCCUCCUAGCUUGAAGUGACGAGAUAAGGCAUUAGCACCGAAGUUCGUGCCAUGAAACGGGCUCCUCGAGGGUGAUGUGCGACGCCCAGGGGAUGCCCCAGACCGUGUGAAGACGCGGCGUGUGAAAAUCUCCCGAAGGACUUCUCGAUAAGCAUCUCAGCCCCGCGCAGGACCCGACCUCCCGAAGAUGGGCGAGGUGGCCGAGGAGAGCUUCGACAACUACGGCAACAACCGCAUGAAGACGGUGGUGGACAGAGUCAACCGAAAUGCGAGGUGCCGGUGCUGCCUGUGGAUGGUGGCGCUGUGGUGCGCGGCCACGGUGAUCUUCAUGCUGGCGGGGUACGACCGGGUGGUGCACUCGGUGGCCGUGGAUCAGAUGGUGCUGAAGCAGGGCAGCCAGAAGUACGAGGCGUGGGUGGACACGCCCGUGCCCGUCUACUACAAGGUGUUCGUCUUCAACCUGACGAACCCCGAGCAGUUCAUGGCGGGAGGGCGGCCGCGGGUGCAGGAGCGCGGGCCCUACGUCUACCUCCUGAAGGAGUCGAAAGAGGAGGUCAAGUUUCACAAGAACGGGUCGGUGACGUACCGGACGCGGCCGCUGUACUUCUUCCAGCCGGACAUGUCAGCCGGCUCGGAGGACGACGUCAUCAUCUCAGUCAACAUUCCCUUCGUCAACGCCGCCGAUGCCGUCAAGGACCAGGGCUUCCUGCGCAUGGUCAUUCAGAUCGCCAAAAAGAUCCACGGCUUCGAGACCCUGCGGAAGCUGACGGUGGGCGAGCUCCUGUGGGGCUACAAGUCGCGCGUGAUCGACUGGGCGAGGACACUGCAGGAGCUGCCGUACCCGCACCAGCUGUUCGGCCUGCUGGUGGGCUUCAACGACUCCAUGCAGGAGCCGUACACGAUGCACACGGGCAAGGGCGACGCGGCCAAGAUGAACCAGAUCAUCGCGUGGAACGGCCGCGAGCGCCUCGACUUCUGGAGCGGCGAGCGCUGCAACGAGAUCCGGGGCACCGACGCCAACGGCUUCGCGCCCGGAGUCAGCAAGCAGGACACGCUCUACAUCUUCAACGGGCAGCUGUGCCGCGCGAUCCCCCUCGUCUACAACGACACCGUCAUCCAGUCGGGCAUCGCCGCCUUCCGCUUCGUGCCGCCCGACGACGUCUUCGCCUACGGCAAGGCCAACCCGCACAACAACUGCUACUGCAGCGGCGAGGGAUGCCCGCCCUUGGGCAUCCUGGACAUGAAGCCGUGCUACUGGGGCGCGUCCGUGGGCUUCUCCUUCCCGCACUUCUACAAGGCGGACCCCAAGCUGAGGCACAUCGUCCGUGGGCUCAGGUAA